AUGUCUUCCUCAACAAAUCAAUCAAGCUACUCCACUACCGAGUGUAUUUCAGAAUCGGCAAUUACCUUUGAAUGCAACUAUUUAUUUGACUCAUGUGAUGAGGAAUGUCAAUAUGGUCCAUCAUUAUCACAUCAUCAGAAUUCAAUACCGAAUGUUGCUUCAAUUCUAUCAUUGGAUGAUUUGACCAAUCUUUCAAUUCAACAUACUUCAAGAAACAGCUAUGAAGAUUUGUCAAUUCUCAGUGAUUCCGAAGGUGAUGAUGAAGAUUGGAUGAAUCUCUUGUUUCAUGAUGGUUUGAGAAUGCUUAAUCACAAUUCAAGGGAAUGGAUUAUUGAACAGGUUAAUUUUGAUCAUGAUUGUAAGAUUGUUAAUGGAAAGAGGGAUCUACCUCUUGAAAAGACUAAUAUUUCAAUGAAUAUUAAGAAUUUGGGUGAAUUUAUUGAUAUGAAGGAAUGUGAUCAAUUUGGAACCUUGAAUAAGUCAACAUGUAAAUUUACCAUCUCAAUCAUUAAGGAAAGCAAACUUAGAAAGACGUUGCUUGACUUGUUUUCAUCGGAAAACUUUGGAAUUACCUCCAUGAUGAUUUCUCCUCCUUUGAUGUUAGCUCACUGGUAUGCUGUUUACCAAAAGAAAAGCAUUGAACUGAACAGUGCCAAAUAUUUGGAGUCUGAAUGGAUCUUCAAUAAUAGAGAACAAUGUUUGGAAUCAGUUGAAUUGUUGCAAAGAUAUCCCAAGUCAAUUCAAAAGAACUUGAAGAGAUAUUCACAGGAAGAAUUGGAUCUUGUUUUCCCUAAAAAGAUUGUUUGGAGAAGAAUUUCAUUCAGUACUAUUCAGAAACAUGGAUUUAACCUGCAAAGAGUUGAAUCAAAAAGUGCUUCAGGCUCUCCUACCUAUUCUAUCAAGUGUGGAUCUGAAACACUGCUUGAAUUCAUAUCCUCAUUAGAGUUUUGUUCCAAUAUUGUCAAGUUACUGACUCUUGUGUCUGUAUCGGUCUUUUCUAGAACAAUGGAUCUUCCAGUUGACAAUCUAUGUGAUCAAUUGAAAUUGACUUUGAGAUGA